AUGGUCCCUCUCUGGACACUCCCCAUCGCGAUCGCCUGCGGGAACUGCCUCAUCAUGAAGCCCAGCGAGAAGGUGCCACUCACCCUGGUGCGCAUGGCCGAGCUCCUCGCAGAGGCAGGCCUGCCCAAGGGCGUGCUCUCCAUCCGCGUGGUCGGUUUCGUCAUGCUACGUGGUGUCACUGCGGUCCCCGACGUGCUGCUCGGAGGCAUAAUGCACGCUGCCCUGCUCGUCUCAUUCGUAGGUGUGGGGCCGCUGAUGCUGAGUCCCGUCUUGAUGCGCGACGCCGUGGUGCUUGGUCCCACCGUUGUUCUUAUUGACUGGGUGCUGGUCCCUGCCUUGCUACUAGGGGGCGUAGUGCUCGCUGCACUGCUCGUGUCCCUCGUAAGUGCGAGGCCGUUGGUAUUGAAUCGCCACGUAAUCCUCAGCGUCGUGGCGCUCAGCUCCGUCGCGUUUCGCAGUGUCGAGGUGCUGGUCACCGGCGUCCCAGACGUUCUGCUCGAAGACAUGAUGCUCGCUUCAGUGCUCGCCCCACUCGUAGCGGUGGGGGUGCUGUUACUGGGUCCAGUCGAACUGCUCAACGACAUGGUGCUCAGCUCCGUUGCAUUGCGCGGUGCUGGGGUGGCUUCGGACGUGCUGCUCGGAGGCGAGAUGUUUGUUGCCCUGCUCGUCUCACUCGUAGACGUGCGGCUGCUGAUGCUGGGCCCUGUCUUGAUGCGCAACGUCAUGAUGCGUGGUCUCGCCGCGCUGCCCCGUGUCGUGGUGCUGGUCCCUGCCGUGCUGCUGACAGACGUGGUGGUGCUGCUGGUGGACGUGCUGCUCGUGGACAUGCUGCUCAUGGCAUUGCUUAUCACAGUCGUUAGUGUGAGGCUGCUGGAGCCCAUGUACGCGAGCCCGGGUGGGCUGGCCAUGGACCUCAUGGCGCUUCUCGUCACACUCAUGAAUGUAAAAAUCUUGGUGCUGGCUCUCGUCGUACUGUUCGACGCUGUAGUGCACCACCUUUUCGCGCCGCCCAGCGUUGAGGUGCUAGUGACAGACUUGCUGUUGAAAGACGUGGUGAUGCUGGGUCCUGCCAUGCUGUCCAAUAUCGUUGUACUCAGCUCCGCCGCGUUGCUCAGAGUAGAGGUACUGGUCGCAGACGUGCUGCUGGAAUAUGUGGUGAUCAACGGACCGCUCGCCUCACUCGUAGCCGUGAUGCUAGUUGCAUUACUCGUCUCACUCAUAGAUGUGAGGUUGGUGUUGCUGGAUCUCGUCGUGAUGUGUAACGUCGUGAGGCCUGAUGCCUUCGUACUGCUCAGAGUCGCGUUUGUGGUCCCUGACGUGGUCCUCGAAGUCGUGGUGCUCGUCGCCUGGCUCGUCUCGCUCGUACAUGUGAGGCCUUUGGUGCUGGAUCCCGUCGUGCUGUCCAUCGCCGUGGUGCUCGACUCCGUCGCGUUCCCUGGCGUCCAGGCGCUGGUCACAGCCAUGCUGCUGAGGGACGUGAUGUUAGUUGGACUGUUCGUCUCAUUCGUGAGUGUGCGUCUUCUGGGACUGAAGCGCGGCGUGCCGCUCGACGUGGUAGUGCUCAAUUGCCUCGUGCUGUACUGUGUCAUGGUGGUCGCAGAUAUGCCGCUCGGGUACGCGGUGCGCAUUGCACUACUCGUCUCACUCUUGGAUGUGCGGCUAUUGGUACUGGAUUUGUUUUUGAUGGGCAUCGUCGUGGUGCUUGAUCGCGUCGUAUUGUACCGUGUCGAGGGGCGGUCCCUCUGCCCCUGGGUCUACGUGUGCCCUGUCGGUGUCGCAGUCGCUGGUACGACGGCUGGCAUCGGAGGCCUGAGGUGCGAGCUCAGGCACGGGCAAAGGCUUCCGCAUGUGUGCAGGCGGGCUGGUGUCUCCGCCGCAGAUCCCGCCGUCGACAAGUCCGACGUCUCUGCUGACCUGGGCCUUGCCGUUGGCGCAGUGUUACCCCUCGCCGGGAUCAAGCUUGACGCGAGCAGAACGGCAGUAUUGCCAGUGGCCGUGGCGAUGGGGCUGGCCGAGCACCCUGGGAUCGCCGCCGUGUCCUUCGUGGGCAGCUCGCGGGUGGCUGACAUCAUCGACAAGGCGGCGCGCGCCACUGGGAAGCGGGCGUUGUGCAUGGGCGGGGCCAAGAACCACCUGGUCGCGAUGCAGGACGCCGACGAGGACAUGGCCAUCAGCGACAUCAUGAACUCCGCCUUCGGCUCCGCCGGCCAGCGGUGCAUGGCCGCAAGCGUGCUUCUGGUGGUUGGCCAGGGCCGCAGGGCCUUCAUAGAUGCGCUGGUGGACCGCGCAAGCAAGCUCAGAGCUGGGCAGGGGCCGGGCGAGAUCGGGCCCCUCAUCGACGAGCCUGCUUGCGCCCGCGUGGCGCGCUACAUCGACGAGUGCGCAAAGCACGGCGGCGAGGUGCUCCUCGACGGCCGCGCGUGGCGGUCCCGGGCGAAGGGGCACUGGGUGGGUCCAACGGUGCUGCUGCACCGGUCGAAGAGCGAGCCGGCCAUGUCCGAGGAGAUCUUCGGGCCGGUGCUGUCGAUCCUGGAGGUGGACUCCCUGGACGAGGCGAUCGAUAUCGAGAACAGCAACCCGUACGGCAACGCGGCGGCGAUAUACACCAGCUCGGGCCAGAACGCGCUGGAGACCGCUCGGCUGUCGGCUGGCAUGAUCGGCGUGAACAUUGGCGUGCCAGUGCCCCGGGAGCCGUUCAGUUUCGGCGGCAUCAACAGGUCAAAGUUCGGCGACUCCUCCGACAUCACCGGGGAGAGCUCCGUAAAUUUCUGGACGAACAGGGUGAAGAUCACCUCGAAGUGGAAGCCCCCCAAAAGGAAGGACGUGAUGACGUCGUCCUUCAUCUCCUGA